AUGGCUCCUCAGGCUCAAGACAUCGCCGUCCGUGGGUCGGCACCCAGCAGCUCUCAUCACGAGCUCAGCGUCUCUCCCUCUGCCACCUUCCACAGCCCUUCCAGCUUCCCCCACAGCUUUGGCACAACAACCUCAGCACAUCAAGCCGGCACUAAGCAGCUCAAGCCCUUUGAGACAACAGACAUCAAAAUCCUGCUCCUGGAAAACGUCAACCAGAGUGGUCAGGACAUCCUCAAAUCCCAGGGAUACCAGGUCGAGGCCCUGAAGACUUCUCUUCCUGAGGAGCAACUCAUUGAGAAAAUCCGUGAUGUCCAUGUCAUUGGCAUUCGUUCAAAGACAAAGUUGACUGAAAAGGUCCUGAAAGAGGCCAAGAACCUUCUCGUCAUUGGUUGCUUCUGCAUCGGCACCAACCAAGUGGACCUUGACUAUGCAGCCAAGCAUGGUAUUGCCGUCUUCAACUCACCCUUCGCCAACUCCCGCAGUGUUGCCGAGCUCAUCAUCGGAGAGAUCAUCGUGCUGGCCCGCCAGCUUGGUGACCGCUCCAGCGAGCUGCACCGCGGCACCUGGAACAAGGUCAGCUCAAAGUGCUGGGAGAUCCGUGGCAAGACGCUGGGCAUCAUCGGCUACGGCCACAUCGGGGCUCAGCUAUCGGUCCUGGCCGAGUCCAUGGGCAUGAACGUCAUCUACUACGAUAUCGUCACUAUCAUGGGACUGGGUACGGCCCGCCAGAUGCCUACUCUGGACGCCCUGCUCGAGGAGGCCGACUUCGUCACCUGCCACGUCCCCGCCACCCCCGAGACCAAGGGUAUGAUCUCGACCUCCCAGCUGAGCAAGAUGAAGGACGGCGCGUACCUGCUCAAUGCGUCGCGCGGUACAGUCGUCGACAUCCCCGCCCUGAUCAACGCCAUGCGCGGCGGCAAGAUUGCCGGCGCCGCCCUUGACGUCUACCCUAAUGAGCCCGCCGCGAACGGCGACUACUUCACCAACGACCUGAACUCGUGGGGAGAGGAUCUGCGCAGCCUGAAGAACCUCAUCCUCACCCCGCACAUCGGCGGCAGCACCGAGGAGGCCCAGCGAGCCAUCGGCAUCGAGGUCGCCGAUGCCCUGGUCAAGUACAUCAACCAGGGUCUGACCGUCGGCUCCGUCAACCUUCCUGAGGUGACGGUGCGCUCGCUGACCCUGGACGAGAGCGAUCACGCGCGCGUCAGCUUCAUCCACAGGAAUGUGCCGGGUGCCCUCAAGCAGUGCUACGACAUCCUGAUGCCGCACAACAUCGACAAGGCCACCAGCGACAGCAAGGGUGACAUAGCCUACAUGAUCGCGGACAUUAGCGGCGUCCAGAUCAGCGACUUGAGGAACAUCUCGGACGAGCUCAACUCGCUCAGCUCGAGGAUCAUGACGCGCAUCCUGUUCUAA